GUCACUUUGUUUUGUUGUUGUUUUUCAGGCAGCACUGUCGGCCCAGGCUGCCACGACUACCCAUUCACCUUUCAGAUUCCAGCACAAGAGCUGCCGUCCUCCUUUAAAGGCUCCCAUGGAAAGAUCGUGUACACAGUGGAGGCGAUCCUCAGCAGGCCCAUGAAAUUGGACAGUAAAGCUAAGGCUUCGUUCACCCUCAUGCAGAAAAGAAACCCACACAGUGAUGCGUUUCUGAUGACUCCGCAGCACAGUACCAUCGAUAAGAAAAUGAAGCUCUUCACGUCAGGAACAGUGGGCAUGGAUGUAAAUAUUACACAGACAGGCUUCGUCCAAGGUGAAGGCAUCAAAGUUGUGGCCUCCAUUCAGAACAAGUCAUCUCGUGACAUUAGGCCCAAGUACUGCUUGUAUAGGAAGUACAGCUACUUUGCAAAAAGCAAGAGGCGCGUCGAAACCAAAGACAUCCUGAAAGAAGUGGGCGAAGCCAUUCCGCCUUCUGCAGGUCAGACUAUCACCAGGAUCAUCACCAUCCCUGCCACCAUGUGUGCGUCCAUCUUAAACUGCAGCAUCAUCAAAGCCGAGUACAGACUCAGGGUCUAUCUGGAUGUUAAAUAUGCUUCGGACCCCGAGAUCAAGUUCCCUAUAGUCAUCCUUCCUGCUCCACAGGGGCCUGAUGAUGAGAGGCAGCCCCCCCCAUAUGGAUUUGACGGGUUUGCCGACUUAAGCGUAGGGACCAAUUUCCUACAAAACCCAACAGCCUUGGACCCCUCUGCUCCACCUCCAUCCUAUGGUACAUAUGCAAUGUACCCCUCAUUGACUGGUGCUGAUGGGAAGUACUAG